AUGAAUCCAGCCUGUUCAAAAAUUUAUUUGAAUUUACCCAAAAAAAAGACCAAAUGUGCUAAAUAUAUACCAAAAAAUGCAAUAUAUACUUCACCAGAAAUUCAAAACCAAAUCAUUUCAAUUUUGGCAGAAGUAGUGCGAGAACAAGUUGUUUCAGAUCUAAAAAGUACUGACGUAAAAUGGUUUACGCUGUUAGAAGACGGCACGAGAGACACAAAUAACCGAGAAAAUAUUUCGAUUGGAAUAAGAUAUGUUAAAAGUGGCAAAGUUUUUGAAUCAUUUCUAGGAAUAUACACGACUGAAAAAUUAAAUGCACAGACAUUUACUAAAUUAACAUUAGAUAUUUUAAACAAAAAUAAGAUUGAUCCCGCUCAUAUUAUAAGCCAGUGUUAUGACGGAGCAAGCGUAAUGAGCGGCAGGAAAGGUGGAGUUGCAGCUUUAAUCGAAAAAAGUGUUGGACGAUGUGUGCCGUAUGUUCACUGUUUUAAUCAUCGUUUGCAUCUUGUCGUGGUAAGAGUAGUUACAGAAAUUCCAAUCCUAAAACAUUUUUUUGAUCAAGCCAUUUUACUCCAUAAAUUUUUUGGUCACGGAAAGAUAGCAGCCAUAUAUAAGGGAAAAACAAUUGUUAGAUUACUAGAGCAACGAUGGUCUGGACAUUUGACAGUAGUUAGGGUUAUUUAUUCAAACUAUUCUGAAAUAUUAAGAACCCUAGAUGAAAUUAGAAAAGAUAAUUCUUUUAAUGGACAAGACGUUGCCAAAAGUAGAGGUAUAAAGUUAGUUAUGUUGGAAAUAGACUUUAGAUUUUCUCUGGUUUUGAUGAAAAAAAUUCUAGAAUUUCUUAAACCUGCAGAUGCUAUUUUGCAAGAGCGAUCAACGAGUUUAAAAGAUGCCAACUGCGUGAUUUUGUCAGUUAAAAGCAAAAUCCAAGAUUUACGAUCCGAUGAAGUUUUACAAACUUUAGUAAAUGAAGCUAUGCAUCUUUGUUCUGAAGUUAAUUCAAACACAGAAAAUUUAAGACCAAGGAGAGAUAUUAAAAUAAGUGGUAAUAUGAAAAAUUACUUACUAACAGAGCCAUUACCAUCGAGCAGUUCUGGAAUGAUUUCAAAUUUGGACGACAAAAUCAAGUCAGCUUUCUUCGAGACUGUUGAUAUAAUAUCAAAUCUACUAAAAGACAGAUUUACUAAUAAUGACGAAUUAAUUAACGCAGUUAGUAGUUUAGAUGAAAUUAACAUGGAAAAAUUAAAAUAUUUUGAAAACAUAGGUAUUGAACUACCAAGUGUGGAAGAAAUAACAGUGGUAAAAGACUUUUUACAUGGGAAGCCUUUGGACCAAUAUUUUAAUAUUUUAUAUGAAAAUAGAGUUGCGUUCCAAAAAACCUACUGUCUCUAUGCGGCUGUGGCAACAAUAGGCUGCAGUACUGCUGUUAAUGAAUCUUCAUUCUCAACACUAACGGCUAUUAAUCGACCACAACGGUAUUCCAUGAACCAGCAACGUAUGGCAGAUUUAAUAUAUUUAGCAUUUGGAAGACAGCGCAGUCGGGAAAUUGAUUUUGAUUUAUUCUUAAGAAAGUUUAACAAUUUAAAAAACAGAAGUUUACAACUAUUCUAG